AUGGCUGCUCACCGCAUCGAUAUCGAUCCAGAUGGAGACACGUUAAUCAUUCUUCCAACUGUUCAGGUCACAGCCGAGAAAUCUAGUGAUGCAGCCAGGCGAGAGAUGAACGGAACCGACGCUCCCGAGAGCACUGCGAUAAUCGAAGAAAUUUUCUACUUCAAAGUCUCAAUGAAGCACCUCACCAUGGCAUCACCUCGUGCAAAAAUGGAGUUUGAGCCCAUAUUCGAUCCAUACACCUUUGAGAUUGUCCUAGCCAUGAUUCACGCGAAAACCGAGAAACUCCCAACGGAUAUAUCAAUUGCCAUGCUUUCAAACAUUGCCGUCGUUGCCGAUGAUUUGAAUUGUAGCUCCGCAGUUCAGUCUUUCGCUACGCAGUGGAUUGACAGAAUGACCCUACUGGAGCCGCACACAAUUGACAUCAGAUUGGCUCAGUUGUUGUUAAUAAGUUCGGUCUUCAAGUCAGAUAAUUUGUUCAUCAAAGCGACAUACAAAGCGGUAUUGCUCUCUCCUGAUGAAAUGCCGUCUUUUGGACUUCCCAUUUGGCCCGCAGUCUUACGUGAGCGCUAA